AACUUAUCAAACAGUUAAAGCUAAUCAAUAAGAAAACACUUAACUUUUCUAACAAAAAAUCAAAACAAAAUGUUCAAAUUGUUCGUCUUCGCUGCUCUCUUUGCCUUGGCUGCUGCCCGUCCCGGCUACUUGGCUUCUUCUCCCGUUGUCUACUCUUCUCAUUAUGCACAACCCGUCCACUAUUCCGUCCACAAGACUCUUGUACCCGUAGUUCACAAGACUGUUGUACCUGUAGUCCACAGGACUGUUGUGCCCGUAGUUCGCACUCAAGUUGUCAAUACUGUUGUUUCUACCCCUGUUGUACAUGCUGCUCCUGUUGUACAUGCUUCACCCUUAUACCACUCUGUUGCCAUAGGAUCAAGUUACGCUCCCGCAUAUGGUAUCUUGAAGAAAUAGACUCUUCUCUAGCACAAAUUAAUAAUUUUUAAGGAAUUGAUAACAAUGAACUGAUUUUGUUGAAUAAAGGAAAAAUAAUAAAAACGAAAAAAAAAAAU